GUCUGAGAUGGGGCGGGACGACCGCUUCCGAGUGGGGUGUUGGGAGUCGUUCUAUGUUGCCUUGCUGCUGCCGGCUGCCGCUCAACCUGCCUGGCCGGAUCCAGUCCCACUCGUUCGACCAGCUAAACCACCUGGCAACGCGGGGCCCAACGCGGGGCCACGAUCAAAUCCGCCACAAAACAGUACGCAUGAUGAAUGCGAUGGUCCUUUGAUGGACCCCGUCAGCGGCGAGGAGGUUCCACCUCGUCACGGGGUGUCCCUGCGAGGGGCAGAGAAUGGGCAACCCAGGCGGGGGCCCUGUGAGUGUGGCAUGGUGUGCCAGUGGGGCUUUCGCACAGAGGGUGGACGUCAAAUCUGCAACGGUCCGUGGAUGUGCUCCUCUUGUAUGCCGAUGCCCACCAUGCCCUAUGUAUCCAGUGGUGGCAGUGGAGCGCGCUGA